CCUAUUUACAGGGGCUUGGGAGGUAGUGCUCUGAAUCUUUUCUUUUUCAGGAUGGCUCCUUGGAGGGUGGUCCUGGUUACUGCUGUGUGUGUAGCAGUGUUUGGGGUGCCAGUUGUCCCGGAGCUAGUUCCCACCCAAUGGAAUGGCUCCUUGCACCCAACUGCAGCAGCAGCUAUCGCCACAGGUCACAAUCGGCAAGACGCCACAACUGCACGGUCUGCAAAGAUGAGCUUCUUCCAUAAAGUCCUGAAUGCUGCCAAAGAUCUAGUGUCCCCCUUCUGGGAUGAUUCCUCUUACAAUACAGUGUCCACGGUGGUGCCUGCUGCUUCAGCCCCCUCUGGUACCCCAGUGGCUGGCCAUCUCUCAGCUAGGACACCAGCUCAUGUCCAGGUCCUGCAAGGUGGCCACUCCAUAAAGUCUGCGAAGAUGAACUUCACCCUAAGGAUCCUGAAUGAGGACUUCAGUGUGAUGGCAGAGCCCCCAGCAUACAACCCUGGCUCUCCCAUCCAUGUUGAGGCCAGAGUGGAAUCCAGUGCAGGUGUCUCCCCAAGGAUCUAUGUGGAUGAGUGCUAUGGGACCCGUGCAAAGCACCUGAACCAUUCCAGGAGGAUCUAUGUGAUUGUGAACAACCAUGGGUGUCUGCAUGGGGGGGAGUCUGGAGACAUUGCCAUCUGGCGUCGGCCGGAGGAUUCUGCCUUGCAGUUUGCCAUCCAGGCUUUCAUGCUGGCUGGAGAACCAGAGGAAAAGAUCUACAUUCACUGCCUGCUGACUGCAUGGGGUCAGGAGAGCCUCACACGCCUGGGGAAGAAGUCCUGCUAUUACAACAGGACCUCCUUCAGCUGGCAGAACCUCGAGGACCCUUCCCAGAACUUAAAGUGUAGCUGCUGUGACAGCCACUGCCCUGCUGAUCCCACUCCUCCAGGAGAACUAAGAGAGUUUGUAGGUGAAGGGAUGCUCCACAGAAAGGUAGCUGGCCCCUUGACAGUGCACAAGGAAGAGGCUCCAUGGUAUGAAGAACGAUGCCACACCCUGAAGAAGCUUCUGCUGGUGGGUGUUGCUUUUGUGGGUAGCUGUCUGGUGGGAGCCCUCUUUGUAGGAGGCCUCUUGGCUCUGGCUCUGGCCUUGUUCCGGUCAUACCAGAGCAGCAAAGGGCAAAGGCUGCUGAGGAAGAGGAAGGAGUACCCCUACCAUACAGAGCUGCAGACUGUGGUGAGUGCCCUUGUGACUGCUGAAGAGAUACAGAAGGAUCAGAGAGAAUCCAGCAUAGACUACAACUUGAAUACAGAUGCAUCAGAGAAGGAAUAACCAGCCCUUCAAGCUAUAAUAAAUGCUCUAUUUCUCUAACAUU